ACAAAUUCCAAUAAUACCCUCAAAACUCGACCGUUGGAGACACACACCACCGACAUCUACACCCACUCAGUGUGAGUGAUGAGUCUGUGAAUCAAACAAAAAGAAUCGAAAUCAGACAAGAAACAGUUGAAUUUAGCUUAAAGAUGACGAUGCAAGAAAGUUUAGAAACACAAUCAAACCCUAACCCAGUAAUCAGCAUCUUCAACAAUGAUCAAAACCCUAAAUUAUCGCCCUAUGAACAGUCAAGAAAUGAUAGAAUUAAAUCAAACCUCGAAAGAAUGCAAAAUUUGGGUCUGGUUAAUCUCUCUCGUCAGCUCAACUCCCUUACUUCUCCUAAACGUACCCCGAGAAAUAACCCGUCAUCGGAAAAAUAUUGUUCCCCGUUGCCGCCUUCUGGGCCCACCAGAAGAUCCUCUAGGUUGCACAAUGCGACGCCUGUUAGUUACUCGGAAGCAGCAUUGACAAAGAGGGAUGGAUUAUGGGAGGAUAAGGGUGUAAGGCUAGAGGAGGGUUCGAAGCCGGAGGUUUAUACAGAAGAACACGAGAAGCUGUUAGGCAACACUGAGAGGAGCUGGACUCUUUUCGUGGAUGGAUGUGGGAGUGAUGGAAAGCGGGUAUAUGAUCAAGUUAAGGGAAAAACUUGCCACCAAUGCAGGCAGAAAACGCUAGGUCACCGUACUCACUGCUGCAAAUGCCAACUAGUCCAAGGACAGUUUUGUGGAGAUUGUCUAUACAUGAGAUACGGGGAACAUGUACUUGAAGCUCUAGAAGAUCCUAAUUGGAUAUGCCCUGCUUGUCGUGGAAUUUGCAACUGCAGUUUGUGUCGCCAAGCAAAGGGUUGGGCUCCCACCGGAGCUCUUUACAGGAAGAUAUCAAGUUUGGGCUAUAAGUCAGUUGCACAUUAUCUCAUUCAAACCCGAAGGUCGCAAACUACAGGAGAGGUUAAUUUGCCCACUGUCAAUCAAGUUUCAGCAAAAAGGUCAUUGCCCUUUUCAGACAUGGAGACACCAUCGAACAUGUCUCCACAUAUCAAAGAUGAACAAAGUAAGCAAUUAAUGGCCCAAUCUGAAGAUACAAAACAUGAUGAUGAGUUGAAGAGUGUGAAAGAGGAAGGAUUGCCAUACAACAGAAAUCUGAGCACUGCUGGUCAGAAUGAAAAAGAGAAACCACCGCCUAACAGUGCAAAUCUCGAAUCUUAUGGUCAGGAAAAUAUCCCCGUUUCAGGAAAUGAUACACAGUCUGGGAUCCUGGAGCCAUUAGGAAGCGAGUUAAAGAAUGAGAAAGACGGGAAACUGCUCGACAAUGGAAAUCUUGAUGCUGCUGAUCAGAACGAAAAAGAGUAAUCACCUAACAAUGGAAAUCUCGAAUCCAAUGGUCAGGCAACGAUCCCCAUUUUAACAAAAUAUACAGAGUCUGAGAUCCUGGAGUCUUUAGGAAGUGAGUCAAAGAAUGAGAAAGACGGGAAACUGCUCAACAAUGGAAAUCUAUAUACUGGUAGUCAGACAAAGAUGCCCAUAUUAGAAAGUGAAACACAGUCUGAGAUCAUGGAGAGUAAAGGAAGCGAGUUAAAGAAUGAGAAAGACGUGCAACUGCUCAACAAUGGAAAUAUCAAUACCAGUAGUCAGGCAAAGAUGUCAUCAAUGCCCGUUUCAGAAAGUGAACAACCUGAAAUUAUAAAAUCAGCAGAGGUCGACCACAGAAAUAUUUCUGAUGCUGAGCAGUCCACAAAAGGUAGUUUAUCUGAUCAUGAACAAGAAAAGAAAUUGCAUGUUGAGGGUGGUGACAGACAUGCUGAUGAUCCCAUUGGCACAUUAGAGAGGACGACGAUCCUCAAGAAGAAAUCUGUACGCACUGCUGAACUGAGUCCAGACAGUAUUGGUGGAAGAUUGCGGCAGAGACGUAGAAUGAGUAGAGGCUGAGAUAUGGAGGGAGGGCUCUGGUUUCGUUUUUUGCGUCAGCUAGUUUCAGGAUAGGUAAAUUUUGUCAAAUUCACCAACUUUUGUAAUAGGCCUUUUAUAGGCUGUUUUUGGUGAAUUAUUCUGUACAAUCUUUGGCAUAGAGUAUGUAAAGAAUAACUUAUUCAGAAACUAUAGUGUUGAAGUAGAACUAGUUCAUCAAAAACUGACAGAUUUGCUGCA